ACGUCUUCUCCAGCCGCGCCGCCACCGUCGUCGACCGCUCCCACAUUGCCUCGCGGAUAACACCUUUUGGCUCACCAGGCGGGGAGACGCCACAGUUUGGUGCGUACUAAACCCCCCGCGUUGUCGGCCUUGUUGACUGAGAAGGAGGGCUGCUGCAGUGCAUACACCGGGCGCGAACAUGCGCAUCGCAAACCGGAGAUCUGACGGGGUGUGGACGUUCUCUGACCCUCGAGCGCCGUUCACACCUCGAGGCGUCGGGGACCUGGAUCAGGCGCUCUGGUCCCGCGAUACGAAGGGAUUCCGGAAGGGCGCUUUUGACGCAUACGAGUUCGAGCCCGACCCGAGCGUGCUGCCUCCUCCGGCGUAUGCGUAUGGAAACGAAGAUAGAUACCUCAGGCAGUGAUCAGUG